AUGGGGGAUUCUGAAACUGAAAGUACUGUGCAAACCAAGGCAGGUUCCACGUCAAAACGCGGACUUUCUCCAUCAAGAGAAGGUCAAUUACCCCGUUUCAAACGUGCGGAAACCCCGUUCCCGACAUCAGUGGCAUCCCUGUGGAUAGGGGGACCGGACCGUCGUCUUUCCCAAUGGACGUCGCAAUUCACCGGAAGCCGUCGGCUGGGGCAGCAAUGGAUUCAGGGAGGCGCCGCUGGAUGGGGAUGGGCGCAUACUGGCGACAUUGAUACCAUGGUCCGUGACUUUGGAGUGCUCAAGUACAGUGUGGAGUGCUGGGCGGGCGGGUUCAUCAUCAGCGGCCAGGAAGCAUUGAACUCGCUCCCAGACGAAUCGAAAAGAAACGUUAUCAAGAAUUUAGAGGGGUGGUGUGUGCAGGAAGACUGGGAAACCCUCACCAAGCUUUUGCCUGGGACGUUUCGCAGUAUUGGGGCGAUUGUCUUGGUAGAAACCCUCCUCAUGAAAGAUUUGUUCGAAAAGAUGAUCGGAAACAACCCCUUCUGGUACUUGGACGGGAAGGCUGGCCCGGACGACGAGAAUGAGAGCGAAAACUUCCCGAUACAGCUGGAACACUUAUACCAUCGGUUCAUUCAGACCAACCCGUUUAGUGCCGGGUAUUGGCGGUCGGAAACGAUCCGACUCUCUAACUCGGUGAGGAACAGCCAGGCCCCCGACCUGACCUUGGGCCAGUACCAACAAGAUCGGGUAAAGGCCAGUGUGCAAAAGUUUGCCUCGGAAUUUCUGGCGCGCGAAGAUGUCCAAAGCCUGCUGAUCUCCGAUGAGAAAACGGAACAAUACCGGUCCGACGCGCUUCUGAGGGUGUAUGAGCGGGCUGCCGAGUUUUCCCAGCGAAUGAUGGCCUCUCCGGGUCUUCCCAAGUUUUACGGGCUGGAAGAGCUUGGCCAGAAGUACAGCAAAGAGUGCAAAUUGACGACGCUGUGCGCGUCUAACGGUGCGAACAUCCCCGCCCAUACCGAGCGGCUUGAUGGACAACGGAUUAUGAUUGUGAAGCACCCGGCAUUGACGUUUACCUGUACAGACGCCCGGCAAAGUCAUGAGGAUGUGGCUGUGUGCUUUGAGGCACAGAUUUGGGUUGAAGACCCCCAUACGCUCAAGGGCUGA